AUGAGCGAGUCGGAGUUGCAGCAACUGCAGGUCCUUUGCGAGGCUAUCGGAAAUAAGGAAGAACAGAAUCAAGCGCACACGAUACUGUUACCCCUAGUGAACAAUGUAGGGAACGUAAGCAAAUUGAAAAAUAUUUUAGGAAACACGAGCCAUGUGCACACGUUAAUUUUCACGACGUCUGGGUUGCUUCAGUUAAUCACAAACGAGUGGAACAAGAUCGAACAGAACGAGAAGGAUGAGUUGAAAGAAUUCGUACUGUCCUACUUGUACAACAAAGGAGUGGAUAUUUUAAAUUUAUCAUCCAACGUGUUAGGAAAUUUAGUCAGGUUAUAUGUACGCAUAGUAAAACUGUCAUGGUUGGAAAAUACGAAUUAUUCACUGAUAAUAAAGCAAGUAGAUUACUUCCUAAAUUCAGUAACGAGUCAUUGGAUAAUCGGACUGUACAUCUACGCAGCACUGAUAGAAGAUAUGCACCCCCAAUGUGGAGUCAAUUCCGCAAAAAACAGGAGGUGUGCAAUCUCGUUUAGAGACUACGUACUGAAGGACAUAUUCAAAGUGGGGAUAGAAACGCUUGAAGAGUUUGUAAAGGGAAGCAUACGGAUAGAAUUAAGAAUGGACGAAAAUAGGUUACUAAUUAAAAUAUUAGAAUUAAUAUACAACAGUUUGUCCUUCGAUUUUAUGGGUACAAUGAUAAAUGACGAAAGUUCUGAUGAAAAUGUAUCCCUAAUGAUACCCCAAUCAUGGGAUAUAUUUAACGAGAAAAAUAUUCCGAAAUUAUUUUUCGACAUGUAUGAAAUUUGUAUGUCUGAUGAGGACGACUUGCGCAAUUGUUGUGGAAAAUAUUGCUUGCGAUCGUUAAUACUUCUUGGGGGAUUGAGGAAAACUUUUUUUUCGAGUGAAAAACAGAAGACACACUAUAUGAAUGAAUUUUUGGGAGGACUUAAUAACAUUAUUGAAAAAAAAAUUGGACUCCAUGAUGAGGAUUGCUUCCAUGAGUUGUGUAGACUGAUAGGCAAAAUUGAUACGAGCGUUCGGUUGCAAGAAUUGAGUACUUACCCAAACUUCCUCUCCUGGUGUCAUAACAUAUAUUUAUUUACUAUUGACGGAAUGAAGAAUUGGAAGUACCUCUGCAAUAGUAAGCAUUACCUGCUGGGAAUUUGGAGCAACAUGUUAAAUAUAAUUCCAGCCAAAGUGAUAAAAGAAAUUAAUAGCCGCACGGAUGAAAACGAACUGCUGAAAGAUGUACUUAGUAAUAAAAAUAUUUUCUUAAAAAAAAAUCCAAUAUCGAACAGCUUCAGUUCGCAUGACAUUGACAAUAAAUUCCUCAUUAUUUGUGAUUACAUAUACGACAUUAGCAUGAUUUUUAUUAACACCCGAUUGGAGCUAGCCAAGUACAUCUGCGAAAAAGGGGACAACUGCGAAAUGGAAAACCCCUUGUAUAAUGAUGUCCUGCGGAGUGAACAGUUGGAGCUUAUUUCGAAUUUGUCUAAAUUGCAGUACCAUUUUAUUGGAGCUAAAUUGCUGUCUAUUUUUUAUGAACUGAAACAUAACCACGAAAAUAAUUUGAUUAGCAAAACGGUGUUUAUUGAACAAACCACAUGGUUGGUUUUCAUCAUCGCCUCUAUCAUAUCGAGUAGCGCUGUGACCAACAUGAAAAGCGCUUCGUAUGACAAUUUUAAGAUAAAUUCGGAACUCUGCUUUCUCGUUUUCUCCCUCAUGGAACAGACCAACAAGUCGGCCGAAGUUUUUGAGUACCUCGAAUUUGCCUAUCUAAAUUGUUUGGAGCUUUUUAAAAAGAUCUACAUCAGUGGGAAGAAAAAUAAUAACUUUCUCAAGGAGAUGAAAUCCGUCGCGAUGCGAAUUACGUCUCCCUCGAAUGGGGUUGGACCUAAUGGGGGGACAGGGGGGAGUAGCGUCAAUCCUCCUGGAGGAGAUCACUCACUACAAAUGUCAAGCAUGAUAACGCCUGAUGGGGGAAGCAGCAACGGGUUGACCUUUCCCUCAGGAAGUGCAGCAAAUAAUGUCACGUCAACCAUGAUGAAUAAUAACAUGAACAAUUUUUCCACUCCAUCGUUAAUUACAAAUCACGAUGACGAAGAAAAUAACGAUCCCCUCAUAGAUCUAAUCGUUAGUAAAAUCCUAUUUAACUUGAAUAACAGAACCGAUUACGAGCAAAUUGUAAAGAGAAGUCUGGACUUAUUUCACGACCUGGUGUCCGGUAUGAACAUCGUAUGCUUGGAGGAUAAAACACCCAAACUCAUAGUCUUCGCGAGGAUGCUAUUGAAAAAUGAAAAGGUGUUAAACUUACUACAUAAUCGAAAUAGUAAAUUUUUGAAGAUAGCAAAAUAUUAUAAGUACAGAACGAACUAUUACUUAAUAUUGACGAAGCUCCUGUUCAUGGAGCAGAAUCUCGUUUCAUCAUCCUUCGAAAAAUAUAUCCUACCAAUAAACAACCUGCUGGAAUGCAUCAAAAGAGAAAUAAGCCUAAAUGGGAAAGAUAUCAUUUUGAAAAAUAACGAAAUAAAGUUGUCCUUUAUAGGGGUACUCAGAGAUUUGAGAGGAAUCUGUAUGGCUUGCAACAAUGUAGAGACAUAUAAUAUGUUUUUUAAUUUCUUCAUCAAUAGCUACCCUUUGGAAGAUAACCAAAUGAAUAUCCUCACCUCCUUGGUAGAUGUCAUAUGGGACAGCUACGACAUGUGCAUUCCUUUCCUCAAAUUUAUGUGCGAGUUUGUAUACAACAAGUCUCAGAGAAUCACCUUCCCCAAGUCUUCCCCCAACGGAAUACUCCUCUUCAAAGUGGUAUCGAACAUCCUCAUUAUAAUUUCAAAUAAUUUGCUGCAGAAGGAGAAGUUUAUGGACCUAUACAAGGAGAAGUACAAAAUUAUUUCCCUCCUUUUGAAUAUGUUUAAUAAUUGCCUAAAUGGAGAUUUUGUAAAUUUUGCAAUUUUUGAUCUGUACAAUGAUGAUAUACUGAACAACUCUCUCAACUUGGCUCUGAAUAUGUGUUUGGUCAUCCCCACGAAUGACUUACUCUCCUACAUCAAGCAUUUAAAGCCAUACUUUUCCUUUCUCGAUUUAGUUACGAAAAAUUUUUUCCAGCGUAUUUUGAACCUUGAAUUUCAGCUCAUUGCUGAUAUUAUUCACAACGUUAAGGAGGGCCUCUGCUCCUUUGACUACACCGUGUCCAUGACUUGCUGCUCCAUCCUGGACAACAUCGUCACGUACAUUUUUACCAACCGGAAGAGCUCCAACGAGCAGGGCCAGAUAAUAAAGAACUUCUUGGAAAGCCAGCCGCAAGCCCUCAAGGAAGUGCUCAACCUGAUGUUCCACUUGAUACUGGGAGGCGAUUUUGGCAGCACCUGGAGCAUGUCACAGCCGCUGUUGGGUCUAAUAUUGCUCGACGCGCAGGGGUACUUCAAAAUACAGGAGCAACUCAUUUCGCAGCAGAGCGAGGAGAAGAAGCAGAAGCUGAGGCACAGCUUUUGCAAAUUAAUGGACCACAUUGAGUCGAAUUUGGCUCCGAACAACCGGGAAAACUUUACGAGAAACCUGUACACCUUUGCCCAAGAAAUUAGGAACAUCUUAAUUUAG